AUGUUCCACCUGCUUUUUUUUUCACCUCGCUUACCUGAUCAUCAUCCCUCACUUCCUUCCCUCACUCAUCUAUUCAUUAUUCCCCCCCCCCCGCUUCUCAAUCGUUUCUCUUUCAUCGUCCAACUAUUCAUCAUUCCACACUCUCUCUUCUCACCUGUUCAUCAUCCCCCCCUCUAUUUCUCUCUCAUUUUACUCACCUGUUCAGCAAUCCCUUCUCUCUCCUCGUUCAACUGUUCAUCAUCCCCCACUCUUUCUCCUCACUUGUUCGCCAUCUCUCUCUCUCUCUCUUUCUCUCUCUUUCUCUUCUCACUCAACCAACCAUUAAUCCUAUCUCUCUUGUCCCUCUCCUCAUGGUCAUCACUUUUUACUGUCUUUCCUAAAUUAUAUUUUCAUUAUUUCUUCGUCUCUUUCUCCUCACUUGACCUCGCCAUUCCUCAAUUUCACUCCUCCCUCCUAUGUUCAUUAUUCUACCCCCUCUUUCUUUACUCACCUGUUCUUCUCUUUUUGCCUAUUUCUCAUUCCUCACACUCCCCCAUCUCUCUUCUGUCCCCUCUCUUCAUUCCUCUCUUUCUUUCUAUCCCCUCUUUUUUCUUUAUUUAUUCUUCCAUCUUUCAUAGCUUUUUCCAAAAUUCUUUCUCUUUCUUUUUUUUUUUUUUUUUUUUUUUGUUGUCUCUAUGGCAUGAUAUUUUUGCAAAACAGCCACCCUUUCGUCUUGAUUCUUUCUCUUCAUUUCAUUCUUCAGAAAUUCUUUCUCUGUGCAAACACCCCUACCGGCAUCUAUUUUGGCAACCACCCCUCCCUCCCCCUCUCUCUCUAUCUAUCUAUCUAUAUAUCUAUUUAUCUAUCUAUCUCUUUGGGUCGUGGCUGAGGAAGGGCCAGCGGGCGGUGGCCUGUGGCGCGGGGGUGGCUGACGGUUUCCUCUCGUCUUUUUCCCCAACUCGACGUGAAACUGUGGAAAUGAUGUUGUGCGGGGAAGGUGCUUCUGCCCAUAGAAGAGAAGAUGAAAUCUCUAGCGUGUCUAAACACAUGCAGACCAAUGCGUUUGCAUUUCGGGGUCCGCUUCUUUACACCGAUUUGCCCAUCCGUCUAACUCGAUUCAUUCCUGUGUGUUCCUUUUUGUUAGAGACCAUGGGAGUGCCUGAAUCUAUCAGUGUCUAA